UAAAAAAGCGUCAACUGCUGGUGAGUGGAAGCAGAGUGUGUGAGGUGGGUUGGACGUGUUCCUCCUCCUUCACGCGCACGCAUGGCUGAGAUCGUUUAUGUAAAUGCUUGAAUUUAAUUUUCAAAGGGACGGCCCUUUCUCUCCUUUCUGCCCAAUGAAAAUGAGCUGCAGCCGACACCUGGCUAUAAACCCAGGAAGGAGCGUCCAAAGCUUUAAUCAGAAGGAACCUGCUGGAGCAAAAAAAAAAAAAAGAAAGACAGAAAGGGCAGAGGCUGCAGACAGGAGAGCUGAACUGAAGGAGACCAGAGACGGAGCGAUGACUUCCAGUCAGAUCGAGAUCCCCGGAGAGGUGAAGAGCGACCCGGCGGCUCUCAUGGCAUCCCUCCAGCUGAUGCCCUCACCGGUGCCCAACCCGGAGAUCCAGCACACAAAGAUUUUCAUCAACAACGAGUGGCAGGACUCUGUUAGUGGGAAGGUGUUCCCCGUCUACAACCCGGCUACCGGAGAGCAGAUCUGUCAGGUCCAGGAAGCAGACAAGGCUGAUGUUGAUAAAGCAGUGCAGGCGGCUCGACUCGCCUUUUCUUUGGGCUCCGUUUGGCGAAGAAUGGACGCGUCUGAAAGAGGCCGGCUGCUGUCCAAACUGGCUGACCUUGUGGAGAGAGACAGCGUGUAUCUAGCCACCAUCGAGUCGCUGAACAGUGGGAAGCCUUUCCUGCCCACCCUGUUUGUCGACCUCCAGGCAACUAUAAAGACUCUGAGGUACUUUGCUGGAUAUGCAGACAAGAUCCAUGGCACCUCCAUCCCAAUGGAUGGAGAGUAUCUGACAUUUACCAGACAUGAGCCCAUUGGAGUCUGUGGACAAAUAAUUCCUUGGAACUUCCCUCUGAUGAUGACAGCGUGGAAGCUGGGCCCUGCGCUCGCGUGUGGAAACACUGUCGUCCUGAAACCUGCCGAGGAGACGCCGCUCACCUGCCUCCAUAUGACCGCUCUCAUCAAGGAGGAGGCAGAGUUCAGGAGUGUGACAGCUGUGGGGAAGAAACUUUUCCGGUACCUGGUGGUUUUAGUCCGGAGGCUCCUGUAG